AUGUGGUCACUGCUUAAGAGGUUGAGACAAGAUACAGCCAUUUUUAAGGCCUAUGACAAAGUUAUUCAGGAUCAACUGAGCCAUGGUAUGGUAGAAAUUGUACAGCAUCCGAAUGUAGUAAUAGGCAAUAGAGUACACUACCUACCCCAUCAUGCUGUGAUAAGGAAAGACAAGGAAACUACAAAGCUAAGAGUAGUUUACGAUGCAUCCUCAAAGACAGUAGGACCAUCACUCAAUGAAUGUCUUGUUGCAGGGCCUAAAUUACAACAGCAGAUAUUUGACAUCUUAGUUACAUUCAGAACCUAUCCAGUAGCAUUUGCCGCAGACAUAGAGAAGGCUUUCUUAAACAUUGAGAUAGCACCACAGGAUCGAGACGUUUCACGAUUACUUUGGAUUGAAAAUAUUGAAGAAGAUAAUCCAAACUUAGUUGUUCUACGAUUUCAUGAGUCAUGUUUGGAUUAA